UAGAAAUAUAUAUUUUGGGUGGCUUAAUUUUAUCUUAUUUCUACUUUUAAUUUUAUGACAUAUUUUUAAGGGUAAUUGCCUUCCCACAACUAUCUGCAGACAGUGAAAGGCAGUAAGAAUUGAGACGUUGUAGGUGUAAGCAUUCACCUCUGUACCCUUAAUGAAUUUUCCACGACUGCUGACUGGUUUCUCAUCUGCUUUUUGGAUUUUGUCUGAUAAAUGGGAUAUCCCCAACGUUUUGGGUGCUAUUAGUAUUACCAUAGGCAAUCUCCGUUAUGACUUUUUGAUAACGACCGGAAAGUGCGAAGGUUUUUUGUUUUUUUAAAUAGAGUUUUGAAUUUAUAUUAAGUUCAUUAUUGUUUUAUAGUAUUGACCUUGAUCGCGUGUUGACAAUUUAUGUAAUUGAUAUAAUAGUUUUGAAGCUAUACCUCUUAUUAUUUAUAUUGUAUUAUAUAUAUAUAUAUAUAGUUUAGCAAGUUAAAACAGAUAACAACAUACAGCCAAAGCGUACGCCUUUUUUAUGACUAUGGGGAAACUAGUUGUUUGAGGAGUGUUUAAGUUGUAAAACAAAAAAAAAAAACAAGUUGUAAUGUAGAAUAACUUUUAUGCCACUUUGUACAUGUUAUGAGAUAUUUCUAAUAGUAUGCAUUUGUCAAUAAAGUUUGCUUUUGUUUGUUAAGCACAAAGCUACAUAAUGAGUUACCCGUGUUCUGCCCACCACGGGUAUCGAAACAUGAUUUCUAGCAUUACGAUUCCACAAUCUUACCACUGUGCCACUGAAGGGCAAGUAUUCUGUGUGAACUAUUCAUUAUUGAUUACUUUAACAACUGUGCUGCUGUUGUACUUGCUGAACAAAAUGUAACACCAUUUGGUGCACCUGGAGAUAAUCUCAUGGAUCAAGGGGCCAAGAUCAACAACCAUUUAUGUUAAAAGUCAUGCUAAGUGUGGUGAACGUGCUCACUUUACUAUAUUAUCCUCAGAUGACGGUUAGGCUGAAUGGUGGGUCCAUUGUUUAUAUUGGAGUUGGUGAAGGAAUAUUUUGAAGUUGUGGCAACUGAAAUAUUUAUAGAUCUUGUGUAUUUGUCUUUGUGUAGUGACAUCCUGACUGUCGGUUCAUUCAGAACGAAAAAAAAGCGUGUUAUUCUAGUUUUAGUAGAUCAAAUUUAUAAGAGAGUUUGAUUUGUGUAGACAAAGUAUUUCUGAAUUUUUCAAAUAUUAAUGAAUGUUUAAUCCUCCAGUAGCUCAGCGGUAAGUAUGAAGGCUCAUAACACUAAAAACUGUUUUUCGAUAUCAGUCACCUCAGUCUGGGUUUUUCUCUCUGCCUUCCUGAAGCUUGAGACAUGCAUAGAUAAGUUUAUAAAUAGUGAUCAUUUUCUAUUUUCAUAAGAUUGAUAUACUCAUGCAUAAACUUACUUCACUCGUGCGCAUGCACUUUGUCAUAUAAUCUCUAGAUUCUCCGAGCAAAGGUGCAACUAACUGUAAAGGUCGAGCUUCUUUUCGGAACAGUUACUCUGGAGAAACAAAGCAAACAUCGACCAAAGAUAAUGUUGUUACCACGCUAAAAACAGCACAUUUCAUAAAAGAUACUGGAGAUAAUUCAGAAUAUACUACAUCACAAGAAAACCAAAAACGUGGACAAAUGUAUGUGGAAGGAAAGCCUCAGUUACUACUUCAGCAAAAGAUUAACAGACGACGGCUAAGUAUAAUUCAAAGCAAUAAACCCUGGUUAAACCAGAGUGAUCUGGAGAAAAAAUGUAACUGUUCUUCCCAUGGUUCUUAUUAUAUGAACAUAAAUGUUUUCAAAGGAAAUUUUGUGAAAUCUUUGUUGGAUAAUAAAAACAACCGCAAACUACAAGUAAAUCACGCAAAAAGUAUAGGAAACGUGCACGUAAAUAACUCCCUGACGAUGUCACGCAGAAAAGGAAUUAAACAAAAUUAUAAAUUGAAAGAACUUUCUCAAACCUGGAAAAAACUAAAACUUUUUAAGACUCAUUAUUUAAAUAAAGGCUUUAGUUUAUUUGCGAAAAAAACUAUUCAUAAAAAAGAUAUUGCUUUUAAUAAAAUAAAUUAUUGGAAGCCACUUAUAGGAAAAAAAUACAAAGUUGAAUUAUUACAAUCCAGCUACCGUAAUUCAAACCAGUUUGACCCUUACACAUUACUCGACAUUAAAGCUAAAUUUGUUAACACAACUCUUAAAGGGGGGAGAAAAGAGGAAAAUGUUACGUAUAUGCUCAGAAAAGAGAAAAGUUUUCAUUUAACCUAUCCAUUUCAAGACAAAACUUUUAUCUUGCGUAACAAUAAACAUGGUACUGAGGUUAACCAACGUAUUUUACUGAAAACGAAUUCUUCCAAAGUCAAUGAAAGUAGUGUAGAUUUUAAAAUUGAAGUUCAAACAUCAAAACCUGAGCAUGGAAAUAUAAAUGCUAAACUAUUUCUGUUAAGCAUGCUUUUUCGGAAAACGCCUAAAAGAUCUAAUCCUGAGAAAUUACAUGUACAGUCCAAUUCUCAUCUUCAAUUAUACAGAAAAUCAAAAUUCCCUUAUCAUUAUAGUCUUCAAUCAGCCAAAAGGAACAGGCGGUCAGUAUCCACAAAUAAGGGUAUCGCCGCACAACCGAGUGAGGAAAUAAUAAUAGCAGCUUCUCGGCAGAACAAAAACUUUGAAGACUCACACAUGGUUGACACUGAUACAUUUAAGGCCUCGGAAAAAGAAGUUCUGAAAGCCAUGGCUCCGAUUGUUGUACUGGAUUCAGACAUGAAUCCUACUUUGCAUAAAUCAAUUCAAGUUUUGCCCCCUGUGAAUGUUGAAGAACAGUAAAAGCUCUGACAGAAUUUUCUAGUUCAAAAUAAAAACCAAAGAGCUAUUUUGAUAAAUGUAAUCAUUAUGAAAACGUAUAAGUUAGUUUAUGGUAUUUUGGCAAUGGUCUUGAACUAAAUUUGGUCAUUUUGCUGUACAAAGGUACUUCAUCACCGAUAUUAAUAAAUUAUUA